AUGAUCUUCAUUAUCUCCCCUUUAUUUCUUUCAUUAACUAUUUUGACUCUCAUUCCUUUCUUUCUUAUUUUCAUUCAUUUUACUUUUUAUUAUUUCUUCUUCAAUUUUAUUAUUCUUCCUGCUUUUGUCGCAUUUAUUUUGUUUCAAACAUUAUUGUCCUUUUCUUCGACUUAUUUUUUCUUCUUUAUUUCAUCUUUUUUCAUUCUUUUUCUGACAUUCCAGGUGUUGCUUUCUUUCUUUCUUUAUUUUUUAUUUCAUCUUUGCCUUUAUCUUUUUUUUUUUUACUUUUUUUUUUUUUUUUUUUCAUCAUUUUCUGACAUUCAUCUUUCCUUUUUUUUUCCACUUUUCUUUUCUUUUUCUUUUCUUUCUUUUUUUUCGACAUUCCUUUCUUUUUUCCGACAUUCCAAGUGUUUCUUUCUUUCUUUCUUUCUUUCUUUCUUUCUUUCUUUCUUUCUUUCUUUCAUCAUUUGGCUUCAUCUUCCUUUUCAUUUAUUUAUUUAUUUAUUUAUUUCAUCAUUUGCCUUUAUCUUCCUUUACUUUUCCACUUAUUUUUUCUUCUUUUUUUUUUCUUCUUUUUCUGACAUUCCAGGUGUUGCUUUCUUUCUUUCUUUCUUUCUUUUUUUUCUUUCUUUCUUUCUUUCAUCAUUUGCCUUCAUCUUCCUUUUCUUUUCCACUUUCUUUUUUCUUCUUUCUUUUUCUGACAUUCCCAGUGUUUCUUUCUUUCUUUCUUUCUUUCUUUCUUUCUUUCUUUCUUUCUUUCAUCUUUUGCCUUUAUUUUCCUUUUCUUUUCCACUUAUUUUUUUCUUCUUCCUUUUUCUGACAUUCGCAUUAUUGCUUUCUUCUCUUCUUUUUAAUUCUUCCUUUCAUCAAUUGCGUUUAUCGUCCACUUACUCUUCUUUCUAUUUCAUUUUUCUUUCUUUUUGCUUUUCAUUCUUUCUUUUUCCUUAUCGUUUCUCUUUUCCUAUUUCUUUCUUUUUCUCCUACUUUAUCUCUUUUCCAAAUUUACUUCUCUCCUUGUCUAUUACAAAGGGUAGUGUAGAUUUUUAUCUACAAAUUUGUUUUUUUCGGCCCUUCUCCAAAUAUAUUAACCGAACCUCUUGUUUUGAUUGGUAG